UUUUAGGAUACAUAAACCCCUUGAGAAAUGGAAAUUCCUAAGCAACUUAAUAUUUAUUACAACCCUGACAAGAUAGAUGAGCUGCAGCUGAAGCCAAAGGUUGUGAAAUUGCAAGAUGAAAUCAUCCCUACUAUAGAGGAUGUCAUCUCUGAAUCGUGUAAAGCAUUUGAGAUAGAAGAAUCUGAACAUAUCUGCUACCUUCUCAAGAUGAGGAACAAUCGAUUAAUCCAUAACGAGCCUACUACUCUUCUAAUGAUGCAAGAAGCCACUCUUUUCCAUGUCACUGACGAGAUGAAAGACAUUGUUCUAAGAAUUGAGGAUAUCACACAAGAACUUUUGCAAAGUUCUCAUAUCACGAAGCUAAAGGACUUAAUGGGAAGCAAGAAGGAAGUCUCGAUAGAAUCAAAGAAGUUCCUCCAAGAGAUUACCAAAAACUUUGAGCAAAAGAAUGAUGUCUACAUUGAAGAAUUCAUCGCUCUUGGAGGUAUUGAGCAACUUAUGUCCCUUGCUUCCCUCCUCGAUGGAGCACUGCUAGGAUACUGUCUUAAGACAUUCUUUCUUACUACAGAAUAUCUUAAUGGAGUUGAGUUCAUUAGGAAGAGGCCAGAAAAUAUCUCAAACCUCUAUGGCUUGCUAGAUAAAGAUGAUGUUAUAGUCAAAAAGAGUACUAUAGGAAUUCUCUGUUCCUUAUUAAGAACAGUGAAAGGAACAUUCACAAUGAUCAACAAGGCUGCCUUAACUCAUGGAUUUAAAAAUGAAAGAUCUCCUUACUCUCCUUUAAUCGAUGCUCUCCAAUCCAAAGAUGAGGAACUCAAGGAGAGAGUUAUACAUUUCUUCAAUUGGAUGAUUUAUAAAUGUCCCAAAGAGGAAGAUUGCUGUAAGUUUCAGUCCAGACUUGAAAAUCUUGGAGUCUUCGAAGAAUGUCAGAAAAUCUCAAAAACAAAGAAUAAAAAGCUAAGAAGAGUUCUGAUGCAAUUCCAACAAAACAAUAAUGUGAUCAUCAAAUCAUCUAUGUAUGAGCUAGAGAUUCACAGGAACAGAAUCUCUGAGUUGGAAAAACACUGUGGAGCUUAUGAAAAGAGGCUUGCUGGUCUUCAGGAGCAACAAAACUACUACUCAAUUAUGAAGAAAGACUACCAGAAAUUCUUUGCUCUGGCAAAGAUGUCAAUGGAGAAACCUACCUUAUUCAAUCCGUUUGCUCAUACAGGGAAUUACAAGAAAGAGGAUUUGAUGAAGAUGCCAUAUUUAAAGCGAAAUAUUGUUGACCUGAGAGAAGCCAUCCAGGAGAACAAGGAAUUUAUCGAUAAGCUCAAUGCAGAGAAGAAGCAACUUGAGGAUCAAUGCAGAGAAUUCCAAGAACAGAUCAAUGAUUAUAGCAAGGAUAUGGAUGAAUUGAGGCAAAUCAAUCAGAAACUAAAGCAAGAAAGUAGAAGAUCAGGAGAGGAGAACAGAAUCACACUGACAAAAGUCAGGGCUGAUCUCAAAGAUGCAUUAGAUGAGAAGAAGAAACUGGAAAUCAAAGUUGACAGACUUACCAAUGAAAUGCAUGAAGAAAGAACCAAUUAUCAAGCCAUUAUCAGCUUCCAUGAAAAGAAUAAAGCUGAAAUGUCACCUAAUAUAAAUGGGAGAAAUAAGUCACAAAAAGCUGAUCAUCCUUCAGAAGAUAAUGAGUCUAAAAUAGACUCAGAAUUUACUGAUGUGACUGCUAAAAUGGAGGAUAAAGAUGAUAAAAUAAUAAAAACUGAAGGAUCGAAAGACGAACUUAAAGAGGAAGAACCUAAAAAGGAAGAACCUAAAAAGGAGGAACCUAAAAAGGAAGAACCUAAAGUGGAAGAACCUAAAGUGGAAGAACCUAAAGGGGAAGAACCAAAAAGGGAAGAACCAAAAAGGGAAGAAAUCAAGACAGAGGUGGCUCCUGCUCCUACAGGCCCUCCUGCACCACCAGGUCCGCCUGCUCCUCCAACUACAACACCUCCAGCUCCACAUACAGGACCUCCAGCGCCUCCAGCUUCUGUAGGUGGACCACCUGCUCCGCCUGCUGCAGCUAAAACAACUCCUCCAGGGCCUCCAGCACCACCAGGCCCUCCAACACCACCAGGACCACCUGCUCCUCCAUCAACGAAUACACCAUCUGGCCCUCCUGCUCCACCAGGCCCUCCAGCACCACCAGGCCCACCUCAGACUCCUUCCACAUCGACAGGUCCUCCAGCCCCUCCAAAUUCAGCAGGUCCACCAGCUCCUCCUGGACCUCCUGCUCCGCCUGGUAUGAGUGGGCCACCAGCUCCACCAACUACGACAAGACCUCCAGCUCCUCCAGGUAUGACAGCACCACCAGCUCCUCCUAGUGGACCUCCAGCUCCACCAGGACUACCUGCACCUCCGAUAGCAAAACCAACUGCACCUCCUGGACCACCAGCACCGCCUGGACCACCUGCACCACCAGGUACUACGGUAUCGCCAGCUCCUCCAAGUGGGCCUCCCGCUCCACCAGGCCCGCCACCACCGCCUGGUACAAGUGCUCCUCCUGCUCCACCAAAUACUGGGCCACCACCACCUCCUGGUAUGGGUGCUCCUCCUCCACCUCCUGGUUCUACUAGCCCCCCAGCUCCUCCUGGAAUGGGCGGGCCUCCUCCACCCCCAGGAAUGGGAGGACCUCCUGCACCAUCUGGUCCUCCUCCUCCUCCAGGUGCAAGUGGACCUCCACCACCUCCCGGAUCAAGUGGACCUCCUCCUCCUCCAGGAAUGGGUGGUCCACCUCCUCCUCCAGGAAUGGGUGGUCCACCUCCUCCUCCAGGAAUGGGUGGUCCACCUCCUCCGCCAGGGAUGGGAGGUCCUCCCCCACCUCCAGGGGCAGGUGCACCUCCACCUCCUGGAAUGGGUGCUCCACCGCCACCACCUGGAUUGGGUGCAGCUCCUCCUUUACCUGGAGGUAUGCCUGGAAGACCUGCAUUCGGAAGAUCAUUGAAGCCAAAACCAACCAAGCCUGCAAUCAAGCUAUCCAAGAAGGUGAAGCCAUAUCAAUGGAGAAGACUUUUGCAUGAGCCCAAAGAUAAGAAAGGAAGAGUACACAUCAUUUGGGACGAUAUCAAAGAAAUCGAACUGAACCAGCAAGAAGUCGAAGACCUAUUCGAAGAUAAAAGAAAAGUCAAACUUGCAACAGAGGAAACCAAGAAAAAGAAAGUUAAAACUAAGAAGCAGUUCUUUGAUGCAGAAGUUUCUCAGAUUAUGUGCAUUGUCAUGAAGAGGUUGCCCAAGCCAACUGUCAUGGCUGAGAUGCUGACCAACAUAGAUGACAACUUUACGAGCAAACUUCAAGGCAAUUCUGUCAAUGGUUUGCUCAGAGCUUGGCCUGAAGAAUCAGAUAUUCAUAGUCUCCUUGAAGAAUAUGCAGCAAAUCCUGGAGAAACAUGGGAUUUCGCUGAAGAUUACGUGAUAAAUCUGCACCACAUCAAAAACAUUAGGCAAAAAUGUGAAGUUAUUCGCUUCUGCUUAGAAUAUGGAGAGCAAGAAGAAUUCUUCCUGGAACCUCUGACUAAAUUAGAAUCUGCUUUAAAGGAACUAGAGGAAAGUAAACUCUUAAAAGAUGCUUUAGCCACGAUCUUGACUCUUGGGAACAUCCUGAACGGAGGUAAUAAGACAAAAGGACAAGCUGAUGGCUUUGCUAUUGAAGGAAUUGUUAAGGUAAACAGUAUCAAAGAUGUUAACAACAAAUCAGCGAUGGAAUAUGUUGCAGCCAAGCUUAAUGCAAUGAACAGUGAAUACAGAGGAUUUAAGAAAACCUUGAGAGGGCUCUAUGACUCUAAAAACAACGACUUGAAGGAGAUAUCUGAUUUAUUUGUUGGUUUCAUGGGCCAAAACAACUUGGCCAAGAACACUCUUGAAAUAAUAAUCAACUCUAAGGAUGAUUCUGCAGCUGAGGCUUAUGAAAAACAUGUUAAAAAGAAAUUAUUCAGCUAUAGUGACAAACUUGAGGAAAUGAAGAGUAGAUUCGACGUUUGAGAGGAAAAAUGGAAAAAACUUGGAGAAUACUAUGGUAUCAAGAAAGAUGAUGAAAAGAUGGAAAAUUCCAGCAGAUUCUUCACAUUCUGGACACAGUUCUUCGACUCUCUCGAGAAAUACUGGCCUAAGGAGGUCAGACAGAAGAAAUCUAAUCGCUCUGGUAAGGCUAAGACUGGAGCUAAGGUCCAGAAUAGAGGAAUGAGGAUGCUCCCAUUGGAGUAAUUAUUACUUUUUACUAAAUCUACACUCAGCUAAAA